AUGUACAAGCGCGAUACCAAGCAUGACAUCCUUCAAGGCCGACUCGAGGCCGACUCCCCUGAUGCUCUUCUUGACAUCAUUGACAGCGAGCAGCACAAAUUCAAGGAGUAUCGCAAGAAGGGACAGAAAAUUAGGGAUGUGCUUGAGCCCAUCCUUCAGCUAACGGAGCUACUCUCAGAGACGGUCGGAGAAAGUCUAGCACCAGUGAGUAUCAUCACUACUGUCACAAUCGAGACUGCGCUCACAGAUGACUAUGAUGCUUACUGCCAGGUCCACCCACCAGCAAAGGCGAUAUCUGUCGCUGUAUGUGUUCUAUUGAAGGCUGCGAAAAAUGUUAGCACCCACUAUGACACGAUCAUCGACAUAUUCGAGGAGCUUAGAGGUUUCGUCGAUCGGUUGGGCGUUCUCAAUCAACAAAAUAUCACUGUGCCUUUAAAAAAGGUCGUUGUCGAGAUCCUGGCGCAAUUCCUCUCGACGCUGGGAGUGACGAUGAAGUCGAUGAGGCAGAAGCGUCCUGCACAAUACGUGAAAGCCCUUCUUGGGAGGAACACGGAUGCGAGUGAAGCAAUGAGGAAGCUAACAAGAUUGUUGAAUCAGGCGAGCCUUAUGGUGAACACCGUCACCUCGGUGAAUGCUACACGAAGCUUGCAGAUUUUAGAGGCAUCGAGAGAUGACGAGCUCCGAAAGAAGUUUCGUGAAUGGCUCAGCCCACCCGACCCGUCGACGAACCAUAAUGCAGCACUCCAAGCGCGACAUGAAGGGACAGGCGACUGGUUUCUUGAAGGGCAAGAAUUUUUGAAGUGGACGACAACUCCGGGCUCGUUUCUUUGGGUUCAUGGCAUACCUGGCAAUGGUAAAACGAUCUUAUGCUCGAGCAUCAUCGAAACACUUCAGCGUGAUUACCGCCCAGCCAAUGCAUCUCUCACAGCCGUGGCAUAUUUCUACUUCGACUUCAAUGAUCUAGAGAAACUCGCCCUUCGAAGUCUUGUGCAUUCGCUGGUCAUUCAGCUCUUGUUCCAAUUAUCCGGUACUCCUGUCCCAUUACGGGAUCUUUGGGCGCGCAACCACGAUGGAACACAGCAGCCAAAACUUGACGAUCUGGUCGCGAUUCUGAAGACAAUGGCUGGGAGCUUCGGCCAGAUAUACAAUGUUCUAGAUGCUCUUGACGAAUGCACUAGUCCGGAACGAGAGGCAGUUCUACAGUUCUUAGAUCAAAUCAAGAAGUAG